CAAGGGGGCCAGGUCGCCUUUCUCUCUCUGGGACUAAAGACAGACAUGGCAGCUGGGGAGACCUCUAGACGCUGGGAGGCCGAGAGGCAGGAUGUCAAGAGGGCCAAGGCCAGGCUCAUUCGUGGACUGCAGCAUUUAGAAGAAGCCCGUCUCUCCUAUUUGGAUUCAAUGAUGAAGGAACAGCGGAGACUCGAGCAGGAGCUCAUGAGAAUGCAGAAGAGUCGCUCCAAGCAGCAGCUUUCAGUGGGCCCUGGACGCAGAAGCAUAAAACCGGCUCUUCCACUCCUGUCCCCUCAGGCAGCACAGGAUUACAGCAGAUUCCAAGGUGCAGCACAGCGAUCCAAGAGGAAAACACUGCCCAACGCAGGAGGCUUUCCAGGGACAAGCCAGCCUUCCUUGUACCUACAGAAGCCUGAUGGUGAUGGCGCAGGAAAUGAAGAGGACAGAAAGGGGCACCUGCCCCCCUUGAAUGUCAAAGAGCAAAACACCAUUGCUGACAGGGACAUAGCCACCCUAAAGGACUCCAUCGCCAAGCAGCUGUGCAUCUCACCAGAGGCUGGGGAGGGAGAGGAAGCAGAUGGAAAAGAGGGCCAAGGGCCUGCCCAGAAAGAGACCAGAGCUGCUGGAGCCAAAGGCACCGCCACCCCACACCUCGUGACUCUCCCAGGGAAGCCAAGGCCUUCCCUUGGGCAUGAGAGGCUGAUCGUGGAUCCAGAGGCCUAUGCAGCAGAUGGACGUCUCAGGACCAUGUAUGCCAGGCCAGAUUUCCUAAAGUCUUAUGCGGAAGCUAGGAAAGCCCGCUACAUUCGCCACAAGAACGCUCCUGCCUGGGAAAAGGAACUGAGUCUCCAGGAGAUAUUCGGACACAAAAAGACCAUGCAGCGUUCGCCACAGGGGCAGGCUAUGAUGAAACCAUAGCCCUGAGUGCACGGGUUUGGGGCCGAGUAAAGGAUGCCAUGACCCUCCAAAAGAAAGGAAAGAAUACUUCUGUACAACAGAUCAUGGUACUCAAGAUCACCAUCAGCUCCAAGCAGGCUUGCACACCCUGAAAUAGCACACCAAGCCAGUUGUUCCCAGGACUCUUCCAUAUCUAUAGGAAACCAUGGGCUUUGGACUUGGGCAGGGGGUUCUCAGCAUGCUGAGGGCACGGA